AUGAAGGUUAAAAAGAUCAUAACUAGGAAUAAAUAUAAGUUACCAGCAUUAGAUGAUGGUGCAACGUUACGCCAACCACCAACACCAUCAGCUACACCUAAAGAAUCACGACGAAAUAUAAAAAAAGGGGAAUUGCUUUUUCUUCUAAUCAAAGCAUCGCAAUUAGGCAAAGCAGCCGAUGCAACAAAAGAGGAAUCGAAAAAUGAAAAGGAAUUUGUGCGGGGCGAUGUAGAACGAAAAGAAUUUGAAAAACUAAAAAAGGAGGAAAUGAAAGAACAUGAAGGAAAUUGGGACUUAAUCACAGCAUUUAUUUCCUUUGGACGAAACGUUGGACAUAAAUUACGUGGAAUGAUUGCACAAGUUGUCCCCACGGAAGGUGCUGUUGCCAAAGCUCCGACCACCACCUCUGUGAUGGCUGCAAAGUCUCCAGCUUAUAAUUCUGCAACCGUAACUAGUAUAACUUCACCAACACCACUUGUACCAGCACCACUUGAACCAGCACCACUUGUACCAGCACCACUUGUACCAACACCGCUUGUACCAACACCGCUUGUACUAACACCGCUUUUGGCAAAAGAGAUCAGUAAUCAGGUACCUCCAAUAGGUGCUGUCGCCGUAGUAAAGCAUACAUAUCCUCCUAUAAAUAUUUCCGAGAUUGAAGCAGCUGCUGUAUUAAUACCUGCUGCCGCCGCAGGUGGAACCUCUAAUGCUUUGAAUAAUCCACUCCUUCCCUUCGAACAAAAUACGAACGCCGCAAAUUCUUCAGUGUUACAGGCUGCUGCCGGAAUCGGUGUCGGUUUAGCUGGUGUGGCUGCUAGUGCGAUUGGCGCGUUCUAUUACUUCAAAAAUAAGGAUAACAGUGAUCAAAAGAAUAAUGGCGGAGGUGGUAAUGGUACUGGUAAAGAUGAUAAAGAUGAUGAUAAACCAAAAACAGGAAUUAAAAUUGUUCCUCAUGGUCCCUCGUCAAAAUUUGUUGAUCCUGACGAUGACAAUGAUGCUACUAAGUCUUCAGCGGGGGAAGACACGAUUUUCGGUUCACAAGCUGCGUCUACUUCACAGCCUGAAUUAGUUCAAGAUACUGUAGGGUCUGUAGGAAUGGAAAGACAUCACUCUGACUAG